AUGUCAAAGAGAUUUUCCGAGGAAGUGGACAGCGAAGAGGAAGAGAUUCCUUUCAAAAUUAGAAAGAACUUGACAUUCGAGUUUGAAAGGCGAGAGGAGGAUCAUUUGCAAGUUUUUCUAAGAAUCAGACCAUUCACUGAUGCGGAGGAGGAACAAAAUGAAAACCAGGGAUGCUUGGAAGUUGAAGGACAGCACAAUGUGCUGACACACGCUCCAAAGACCUCACACUCCUACAAAAACUGUGCUCAUGGCCUUCAGAAGAUGACAAACAAGUACACCUUCUCCAAGAUUUACGGCCAGGAUACAACCCAGAAAGAGUUUUUCAAUGGAACUAUGUUAGGAAUUGUCAAAAACUUCAUCGAUGGACAAAACUGUUUAGUUUUUUCCUAUGGGGUCACUAGCUCUGGAAAGACCUACACCAUUCAAGGUGAACCCCGGGAUGCUGGCAUUCUCCCCCGGGCAUUGGAUGUGCUCUUCAACAGUAUCAGCUGCAAACAACAGUCCGGGUAUGACUUGAAGCCAAUGAUGUUCAUGGAUGUGGUCAAACUGACAAGGGAAGAGGCCGAAGAAGAAAGGAAGAUCAAGGGAAGAACUCUUAAGCUGAGCAAUGAUGAAGAUCCAGAUGUAAUGAGUUUGCUGGGUGAUGAUGCAUCGGACGCCUCACAGCUAACCAACAUCACUUCAUGUUCUGAGAGUUCUAACACCUCCUUCAUGCCAAAUAAGGAGUCCCUAGAAUCUACGGAAUCCAUUUUGGACAUUGAAAACAGAGUCCGCGAGGAGACAAAGGUGGUAGUGGAGGACCAGGGACAGAUCCUAUUUUCUGUGUGGGUCAGCUUUGCUGAAAUUUACAAUGAACAAAUCUUUGACCUACUACAGCCAAUCUCUAAGAAGAAAAAUGCCAGAAGACCGGUUCUUCGGCUCAGUGAGGACAGAAAUGGUAGUCCUUAUAUUAAAGGCUUAAAGGAAGUUUGUGUACAGAAUGCUGAUGAAGCAUACAAGCUUCUGACCAUUGGUAAAAGGAAUCUACAGACAGCUUGUACAAAACUGAAUCAUCAGUCUUCCAGAAGGUUGAGUUUUUGUGAUUUGGCGGGUUCUGAGAGGUCAGCCAAAACGCAGAGUGUUGGAGAUCGUCUGAAGGAAGCAGGCAACAUAAACACAUCUUUGAUGACGCUGGGUCGAUGUAUUGAAAUGUUGCGGUACAAUCAGAGUCACAAAGAAAAUCCAAAGAUAAUCCCCUUCAGAGACAGCAAAUUGACACGUCUCUUCCAGAAUUUUUUCUGUGGACAAGGACGAGUCAAUAUGAUUGUGAAUGUGAACCAGUGUGCCAGUAUGUUUGAUGAGACACAUUAUGUGUUCAAGUUCUCAGCAAUUGCCAAACAGGUGGUUAUUACACAAAAGGCAGAACUGAAAACUAGAGUUCUUCAUUCAGCUAAGAAGGCAGUGGCAGACAGUAAGAAAAGGGCUGUUUCUAUCAGCUGGGCAACUCCAGGCCAAAUGAAGGAAAUGAUCAGUGUAGCAGAACAAGGAACCAGCAUUCCCCUCCCAGGGUGUAAUGAUGAUGAGGAGGAUUUAGAGGAAGAAGACUUGGAUGUGGACGAACUCUUGGAAACAAUAAAAGACUUACAAUCUAAACUACUGAAAGAAAGACGAGAGAAGCUUCAGCUGGAGAUGAAAAUCCGUGAGGAAGUGUGCAGUGAGAUGAAGAAACAGCUGGUGGAGAUUGAAGAUGACUGCAGUGAACGUAUCCGACAAAAUGAAGAGGCCACUGAGGAAAUGUAUGAGAAAAGAAUUCAAAUUCUUAUGGAUGCUUAUGAAAAUCAGGGAAAGAAGCAAAAUGAUUUCAUGACAGAUGAGGAGGAUGAAUGGGUCUCCAGUAUUCUCUUUUAUCAGGAGAAAAUGAGGAAUAAGGAGAAAGAUGCAGAAAUUGUACAACUCAAGAAAGAAUUGAAGGAGGUUAAACUUGAACAGUGUUUGAUGAGAGAUCAAGCAACUACCUGCCGAUCUUCUGAGGAUAUAGGAGAUUCUGUUCUACUGGAAACUCUGACCAAACAGUUGGAUGAAAUCAAGACCAUUCUCAAAGAAAAGGAUGACGAAAUUAAGGAACUGAAUGAAAUGUUAACGGAGGCAGGAGAGACAUUUCAGGCCAAGGAAAAAGAGAUUCAGGAUCUGAAAAACUUGAUGGAAAAAGACAAGACUGAACAUGAGCAACAGAUGAUGGAGUUGGGGAAAGCUCUGACUGAAAGCCAGAAGACCCUUGAGAUGGCAGACCAAAAGAUAAAAUCUCGUGAUGAUGCCCUAGAGGUGACAAGGAAAACUUUACAAGGUACUAGGAGACUGUCGUCUGUUAUUCCGACUGAUGCUCCUUCUAGUUCAGAAGUGGUCAAGUUUCCUUUCAACAGGCCUAAGAGGGGCUUUAGUUUACUUAGGCCGGGAAGCCGGAGUGAUGAAGUGGCGUGCCACAAUCAGGUUUUGAAAGUGGUUCUUACUCCUGUUCAAAACAAGUUUACUAUGAAGCACACAAAAACUAGCCUACUUAGACUGCAGAACUCUCCUGCAAAAGACCCAACACGUGGCAGGGAGUGUGUCAAAAACAAGGAAAAUGCUGCUCUGCUGAAAAAGAGACAAGCUGUGGAAGAGGCAGAGGUUUCUCUGAAAAAGAGACGGAAGAUUGGUUCUUCUGAUGAAAAGAAGGGUCCAUCUUCCAAAUUACGAAAGAGAAAAUCUGCCACUAAGGGAAAGCGAAAAUCACUGGCAAAAUAUAAUUUAAGGGUUAGAAAUUAG